AUGAAGCAAUCUUCUAUAUCUCUGGAAUAUUUUCUUAAGAAAGCAUAUUUAUUAGAAGGAAAGGAAGUAGUAAAGGUUAUCGAGGAGGUUCUAGAAGCUUCAAAUAUUUUUUUUUUUUCAGAAUUGCUUAAAAUUCCAAGUAUUCAGAAGUUAAAAGGAACAGAAAAUGAGCCUUAUUUGGAUAUUCUUUAUAUAUUUUGUUAUGGUUCUUAUAAGGAUUAUCAGGAAAGAAAACUAUUUCUUCCUUAUCUUUCGGAAAAUCAAGUAUAUAAAUUGAAAAAAUUGUCAUUAAUAUCACUCUCAAAGAAUUUUAAAAAUUUGAUGUAUUCCGAUUUACUUUUAUAUUUUGAUCUUUCGGACUAUAAGGAGCUUGAGAAGUUGCUCAUUGAUUGCAUUUACUCUUCACUUCUUUCUGGAAAGUUUGACUCCAAAAACAAAUGUUUUUGUGUUGAAUAUACGUGUGGAAGAGACAUUUCUUUUUCAAAUAUCGACGAGCUUAUUAAUAAAUUAUCAUUAUGGUCAGAAAACUGCACAGACGUGCUUAAUAAGUUAGAAUAUCGUGUUAAAAUUAUAAAAGAUGAAAUAUUUUCGAAAAAAUCAUUAGAAGACUAUCAAAAAUUUAUACACCAAAAAAUGGAAAAUAUUGAAACACAAGAAAAGGGUACAUAUAAAGGAAAGGGAGUGGAUACAACACAUUAUAAUCCCAUGGAAAUGGAUGAAAUGCAUAUUGAUGAUAACAUUUCUUUAUGGAAAAAUAUUUUUUUCAAAUAA